AUGGAGAAAUUUCUUGUGAGGACCAACAAGCCAACCGACGCACCACCAGCUGCAAAAAAGCUUCGAAGGUACGAUGAAGCAUACCUGCAGUUUGGGUUUACAGUCACGGCUGAUCUGAGACCUCAGUGUGUCGUGUGUGUUACCGAGGUGCUGGCAAACGACAGUAUGAAGCCCUGCAAAUUAAAAAGGCACCUCGAAACAAAGCAUGCUGGCAUUAAAAAUAAACCGGCUGAAUAUUUUAAAAGAAAGCUUGAUGGCCUCCAUCAGCAACAGGCAACCAUUUCAGUGCACAGCACUGUGUCUAAACAGUGUUUGCAGGCAUCGUAUGUAGUGGCCAAAAGAAUCGGUAAAUUGGGUAAACCGCAUACAAUCGCCGAGACUCUCAUUUUGCCGGCAGCGCAAGACAUGUGCAGAAUAAUGAUAGGCGAUAGUGCAGCAGCCAAACUCGGUGCAGUACCACUGUCCAAUGACACCGUCGCUAGGAGAAUUGUAGACAUGUCCAAUGAUAUCAGAGAGCAACUGAUAGAGUUUGUAAAAAAGAGUCCUUACUACGCGCUGCAGCUGGACGAAUCCACUGAUAUUGCUGGGCAGGCACAGCUCCUCACCUAUGUCAGUCGCACACUACAGGAGAAAAUGAUAAAUCUCAUCAAAUCACGGCCGCUAAACUCUCGCUUGUUUGGGGUCCUCUGCCAGGAGAUGGGGUCAGGGCACGAACAGCUGCUUCUGCACACUGAAGUUCGCUGGCUCUCCAGGGGGCGGGUGUUACAGCGGUUGUAUGAGCUGCGAGAGGAGGUGAAGUGGUUUUUGACAGAAAUCAGAUCAGAUCUGGCAAAGCAUGUGGAUGACACUAUGUGGCUUGCGUCUCUGUCCUAUUUGGUCGAUAUAUUUGACCGCUUGAACGGCCUCAACCUGUCUUUGCAAGGCCGCGAAACUCAUAUUUUGCUCCUUGCAGACAAAGUGCACGCCUUCACACAAAAACUAGACCUCUGGCAUGGCCGCAUCAGUCGAGGGAACUGCGACAUGUUCCCCAGCCUUGCAGACUUUAUCACUGAUGCAGGCACGUCACACGAUUUCUCCUCCCUAUUUCAAUCAGCGUCUGAGCACCUGUCAGCAAUGAGUAAACAGUUUGCGACGUACUUUAAAGAGGAUUAUCGCUCUUUUGCGUGGGUUCGAGAUCCGUUUGUGUGCACAGCAAACGAGCUAUCAAUUGAUAUGCAGGAACAGCUUAUUGAGCUGAAGAGUGACAGUAGACUGAAGGAACUCUUUAGCUCCUGCCCUCUUUCGUCAUUCUGGGCAGCAUCGAUGCAGGAAUAUCCUGAACUCUGUGACGUCGCUUUGAAGAUUCUCCUUCCUUUCGCGUCGACAUAUUUGUGUGAGGCAGGAUUCUCAAAAAUGACUGCACUCAAAACGAAAUACCGCAAUCGUGCACAAAUUGAGGAUGAUUUGAGGCUAUGUUUAUCAAACAUUGAGCCAAGAAUUGAGGAUCUUUGCAAGGCAAAGCAGGCUCAGGUCUCACAUUAACAUCACCUACCUGCAAGCUUCUGUAAAAAAUGCAGAUGAUGCCUACUAUUAGGCCUAGUAAUAAUAACAAUAAUAAAGCAUAAAUUAAUAUCAGAGGUCUGGUGCCAAUUCCCAAUUAUAGCAAUAGCC